GCGCUCCUUCUUUCUGAUCUCUCCUCCUACUUGAUCGUCAUUACAAUUGUAUAUUGAGCCCCAACAACGCUGAUCAUCCUUUUGGGCCAUGGCAGGCGUUAUCUCUGCCGCCAAUCUGGGCGGGGUGGCCGAUCCCCGCUUGGGGGACGAGGCGGAUAUCAUCGGCACCGAAGAUGAGCAUCACGUCACCAUUGAGAGACCAUCUGGCCACGCCCUUCAUACCAUCCCUGCCCCCGUCAUGCACGGAAAGGACUCGAUCUACCUGGACAGCAAGAUCACCUUUGAGAACUACCUCUUUUGGGCCGAACGCUCCCGCAACGUCGAGAAGCAUAUCCGCACCGAUGACAAAGGCUUGCAGCAAUUGGGUAAUGUCCUCAUCGGUCGCAAAAUAAAGCCCGAACCACCACAGCCGGUUCUCGAAACUGAGAAGACGUCCGAGAAGGAUGUUUCGGAGAAGCAGCCAGCCCCCCAAGACGAACAGACUUCCGAGAAGGCCGGAUCAGAGAAGCAAUCACCUCCAGCGUACGAGGCAACGGAGGGUAAAGUGGACAAAUAUGGCAUUAGCGAGACGGAAUGGGAACAGGCACAACGGGCCGCUCGUACAGCAACAUGGGGCUCCAUUUUCUAUCUGAUCACGACCGAUAUUCUGGGACCGACUAAUGUACCCUGGGCUAUUAGUCAAAUGGGUUACGGGCCGGGAUUUGCACUGUAUACUGUUUUUGGAAUCAUGGCAUACUACUCUGGAAUGCAACUGUGGAAGAUGUUCGUGGGUCUCGACUCCACACGGUAUCCCAUGCGCAACUACGGAGACCUGGCCUUCCGAGUCUAUGGAACUUGGGCACGCAUUCUUGUCAACGUCCUGCAGAGCUUCCAGUUCUUCCUCAAUGUGUCCUUGUUGAUCGAGAGUAGUGGCCAAAGUCUGGCCCAGAUGGCCCAGGGUGCGAGUGGUAACGGCUAUCUUUGCUUCGUUGUCGCCGAAGUCAUCUUCACCCUCAUUGGUUUCGUGCUUGGCCAGAUCCGGACCCUGCAGCGCCUGUCCUGGUUGUCCAACCUGGCAAUCUGGCUUAAUGUUAUCGUUAUUAUCAUGACUAUGGCCGUUGUCUACGAGUACCCUCCCAAUUACGCAGCUGCAUGGACUUCGUACCAAACGCCAAAGGGCCCAGUCAAGACCAGCGCAAAUUGGCCCGAAUCCGCUUCGUUGUACGAUCGGAUGACAGCGGUGAUGAACUGUGUCUUCGCCUAUGGUGGUGCCACUCUCUUUAAUGAAUUGAUGGCGGAGAUGAGACGACCAUUCGACUUCUGGAAGGGCUUCAUCUGUGCCGAAGUCUUCAUCUAUGUCUGUUACCUGGUGGAAGGCAUGGUUGUGUACAAUGCACAGGGACAGUUCACCUACAACCCCGCUUAUCAAGGCAUCCCCGAUUCCGCCUACAGCUAUCAAACCCUGGGCAACGCGCUCUCCUUUAUCACCUCCGUCAUUGCGGCUCUUCUCUACGGCAACAUCGGUAUCAAGGUCUUUUACUCCUCCGUCCUACGUGAUGUGUUCCACAUGCCACCACUAGACCACCGGACAGGAAAAUUCAUCUGGAUCGCACUGGUGCCGAUCUACUGGGCCCUGGCCUGGAUCAUCGCUGGAGCCAUUCCUCAAAUCAGUAACCUGACUUCCUUUGUGGGCGCACUCUGCAUCCUACAAUUCUCCUACACCUUCCCACCCAUGCUGCUCGUCGGAUACAACGUCCAGAAAGACGCCAUGCUCCCGGGGGAGGAAUUCAAUCCCAUCACAGGCGAGACCAAGCGAGUCGACUCUGGUAUCAAGCGCUGGAUCCGUGGCUACAAGAAGAAGUUUGCCAUGAACACCUUCGAUGUGUUGUAUUCUUUGGCAGCACUGGGAACGGCCGGAAUGGGUCUGUGGGCGUCCAUCGUCUCCAUGAAACAGUCUUUUGCCGAAACACCACUGACUCCGUUUACUUGCACCAACCCGGCUGGUUAGUGUGCUCGUGAUAUAGAGUUGGCGAUGAAGUUAGGGUUUGAGGGGUGAAGUAUAUAAGCAGUGAGAGUAGUAGUAAUAGUAGUAUAUUGUAGUUCGCCGCUCAUUAAUGACACUUGGUGAGACCGAUGCUGUGUAUAGAUUGGAUGAGUCUAAAUUUUGAUAUCUACGCACGCCCUAUGCCCUACACUGCCUGUUUCC